AUGGCGACCCGGACUUUCGCUACAGAUGCCCCCGCGGGAGAAGCGCCAACGCGUUCCGAGAGUUUUGCGGCGAGCGCGUUGGUGGAGAAGUACCCCAGAUGGUGGCUGACGCUUAGCAUCGGUCAAUUUACUUGCAGGGCUCUGUACGACACUGGAGCCUCGCGCACCGUUCCCCUUCAGAUUGCUGCCGCGAUGAACAAGCGCGUCAACAUGUAUGUCGGGCCCGGCGCGAAAGCAGUCGAUGGUCAUUAUGUCCCUAUCAUCGGUAAUGUACAAUUACCCUUUACGAUAGGUGGUGUUACCCAUUCGAUCGACGUACUCGUCUUGAGCGAGGCUGAUGCUGAGUGUACUCUCGGAAGCGACUUUGUUCGAGCCUUUUCGGCGUGUUUGGAUCCCGAGACCAACACGAUAAGGAUCAAAGGUUGCGAUCAGGAAGUCCCGACGAUUGUCUCCUCACUUCGUGCGGAGGAGGCGAUGUCGCUGGCGGCCUUGGGUAUCGAAGAUAUCUCGAAGGAGCAGCGACAAGAAAUCGAUCGAGUGAUGGAUGACCUCCUGCCUGAACCUUCCUGCGAGCAGCUCAGCUGCACCGGAUGGAUCGAGCACGACAUCGACAUUGGCAGCGCGCGCCCAAUUAAGCAGAAAUACUAUCCGGUGUCGCAUAAGAUCGAGGAUGAAAUGCACGCGCAAGUGCAUAAAAUGCUGCAAAUGGGAAUUAUUCGUAAGUCCCGCAGCGAGUGGUCUAGCCCGGUGGUGAUGACUCGGAAACCCGACGGCGAAUACCGAUUCUGCGUAAACUACCGAAAGGUGAAUAGCGUUACCCGCGUGAGCGCAUAUCCGUUGCUCUUUAUGGACGCGAUAUUGCGGAAGCUCCAACACGCCAAAUUCCUGGGCAUGGCCUCGUGGUAUCGAAAAUUUUUAAACGAUUACGCUACGAUUUGUGAGCCGUUUAACGCGCUCACCCGCAAGGACGCCAAGUUUGAAUGGCAGGAAGUGUUGCGGCAAGUUUUCGAGUAA